AUGAGCAUCGCACGCACGUAUAACCACGAAAUUUGUCUAGCAUCGAAACCCGCGCGAGGAUCGUCGUCCUCUACGCCCAUCGCAGGUGCAGGCCGCACCGGCGGGGAGGAGGCGAGCCCGCGCGGCGGCAGCUCGACAACGCACCCGAGUACAAGUAGCCGGUUUCGAGGCAUCAGGAGGGGAAGCCCUCGGCCCAAGCGCCAGCACUCACAGAAGGCAUCUUCCACAAACCCGAUAUUAUCUGCGAAUGAUUCGCUAUCGGCAGUCGCCAUAGCCAACAAUAGACAAUUGCAGCAGCGUGGCCCCAAAGACGUUGGCCGUAGAGUCUCCGACCUGCGGUCUGCGACAAAGGACCCGAAUUGGAUAUCACAACCCUGGGGUCAUAUGGUAGAAGAUCUGGGGACGGCGUAUUACGCGCACAAGAAGCCGCCAUGGAGUGAUGUCAAUACUGUCGGGUUCCAGCCAAUCUCGUGGGCCCGGCCCGUCAGUUCGGUGACGGCCAAGAAAAACAGCUAUGUAACACCGCCGGCGGCGGCGGCGGCAGCAGGAAAGAACCUGCUGAACGAUUCGCCGUAUACAGUCUGGAAAGGGACCGCCUCGGGAUCAUCGAGUAGCACAAGAUUAGCAGACAAGAAAAGAGCGAGGGCUAAUUACUCCCAUCGCAAACACAGCGGGACGUAUGUGCCUGAAGCGUUGACGUCGAAACUGAGCACCAUGUCAAUGGGGCCGCGGAACAUCAUGAUUGGAUUUGACGACGGUUCUUCUGGGCAGGAUGACGGGUCGAGAUGGACGCCCCCGACGCCGAUCAAUGCGAGCCCAGACUUUGCCGCACCAAUAAUCGCAGGUCUGGAGUCACUGGCAGGAGUUCGAAAUUACGAUACACCAAGUGCAGUAUCAUACGUGAACGUACCCUUGUCACUCCUUCCUUCGACCGUCUAUAGACGUGAGUCGACGAAGCCUUUAGUCCUGCCGAGAUCAGCCACCGUGCCUCCGGAGCUGACGCACCAGUGCCCACCGACACUCGGCGCGUCAACGACAACUCAGCUGAGCAGCGACACGGAGGGCGAAGGCUUGGAUAUAGAUUCUGUAUGGGAAGACGACACUCCCGAGUCGGCGGAUGUGCCCCAUCUGACGCCGCACACAUGCACGAGCAGUAGCCCAGAGACUCCUAGGUUCUCCAUGCCAAGCCACUCCGUCGAUAAGCCCCUACCAGAUACUCCUGGACUUGGCUGUCCCGGAUGUCUCAUUGGCGGGAAGAGACCUCAGUUAUCCAGUCGUGAUGCGCCACGGGAGGAGCACAAAGGGUCCCUGCGGUACCCCGAAGAGCGGGAGAGUGGGUUCUGCAAUGCCUGCCGACAGGGCGAUCUGUUGCCCGAAAUCAGUCGAUUCACCUUGCUGGUGCCAGACCAUUCGAUGCUCGUCCGUGAUGAACCAGAAGAUGCGGAGGACGGCGUUGGGAGCCGCCAUGAGCCGCGGAUCGUAGCGAAUGAGAUCGAGGUCGGGCAGGAUAGAAGCGGUCAUAUCAUACCCCAUGCGCUUGACAGUAAGUUUACAUUAGGCGCCACCGAAGAGAGCGAUCUGGGUAGCCGGAGACGGCUCGACAUAGCCACUGGAAUGUUACGACUUAGUUCGGCUCCGCCAGAAAGGGAGACGAGUACUAAACACAUUGCUGAAUGCAAAUUGCCUUUCUUACCGAGCAGGUCGCUGGACAGCCCUGGUAUAAUCAGCAACACCGUUAGCGAGAUCAACUCCGCGCUCGGGGACUGGGAAGCGGAUAUAUUCAAAGACUAUGGGGCGAUGACUCCCGUAGACGUCAGUACGGCGACUUUCCCUCCGUUGAGACCGCUCAAGGCUUCUCCGAGGUUAAAGCUCACAGAGGAAGCAAAUGCACGAUUGAUGAGGAGACUCGACAUACCUACUGCACGACUGAUCGAUCCCGGGGAAGAAACACCAAGAACCCAAAUGUACAAUAUCCAUAAGAGAGCAAAUGGCGAUUUCUAG